AUGAGUAGUAGUACACCUCAUCAAAGAACAACGUCAUCAGCCCUUUCGGAUUGUACUCCUUCCUUCAUUGUGUUUGAACGAUUGUUGAAUAACUUUUCAAAAGAUGAACCAAACAUACUGCUGCCAUUGAAGCUCCUCAACAUCCCUCGUUCACAUACUUGGAGUAAUAAUAAUAAUUAUAAUAACUGCUCUGUUGAUACGCCUCCUAUGACUUGUCAACGGUUUAGCGAUCAAAAUAAACUAUCAUCGGGAAGAAGAAGUGUGCAAACCCCGUGUCUUGAUUUACGUCUGGUUCAUACAGAAGAUGUGAUUAAACCUUCCAUAUUCAUUAAAGAUCAGGCUAAAACUAUCGAUAAUAGCAGUCUUGGACAAAAUAGCAGUAGUUCGAAUACUUCAUUUACAUUUAAUUUCCUUGGGUUGGGGGCCAAAGGUGCUCGUAAGACGUCGUUAAGUGAUUCAAGCUUCUUAAUCAAGAGUUCUCCACUUUAUACCAAAUAUAACUAUAAUUGCCGUGAGUUAGAUGUGGAGAGGGCUAUUUACUCCGAUAUAAGAACCUCUUCAUCUUCUAACAUUGGGUUUUGGACUCACGAUCAUCAUCAUAAUGACUUUGCUGAUGUAACUUCCAAAUGGUCUCAAAGUACUCCCUUAACCACAGGUAAAUCCAAGCUUAUUAACCAACUGCUAGAAUCACCAAUAUCACAGCGUAAUAAGCGGAAGUCAAACGUUACUGCUGAUAUUACUGCACUUGAUGAUGAUGAUGAUGAUGAUCGAAUUCCACGAAGAGUGAAAAGAGCUAAACUAUAUGCUGAUAUUGAAACAUCAACAAAAUUAAGGCAGAACGGUAAAAGUGUUACCAUCUCAGCUGACAUAUAUACAGAUCAGGAAAGUACAAUGGGUGGUUCAAUUGAACUUGAAAAAAGUCGUCUUCCCAAAAAAAAGAGCCCCCCUCCUUCCACUAAACCAUCCAAAAUUACCAAUAGAAGAACUCGUCGAUUUGGUGGUAGGGUUAAAAAACCAGUGUUACUUGCUAAAAAGAAAGGGGUGCGUUCAAAAUCUGGUUGUUGGACUUGUCGAAUUAGACAUAAAGCAUGUCCUGAAGAUAGACCAGAAUGCGGUCAAUGUACUAGAUUAUCUUUGAAGUGUGAUUACAAUACUGUAAGACCACAGUAUAUGUACGAUCCUAUAUUGAGAGCUAAGAAGCUUUCAGAAAUUAGAGCCAUCACCACUAAACACAAAAAUCUAUGUCUUAGUUCUUCAAGACACAAAAGACAAACCAAGCUGAAUCAAAGAGCUUCCUCUACUACACCAUAA